GUUUUGCCUGCAUCAUGCUGAAUAUAUUUUGCAGCCACAAUGUUACAGCUAGAAAGCCAGUUUGCUAAUCUGUACUAUCUACCCAGAUUGUGUAAGAGAGUCCAGACACACAUGAAGAGUUAAGCAGAUAGGAGCUUCCAGCUGUCAUCUCUUCUUGUUCCACUAGACUUUGCCUUUCAGAUUGCUAUCUUCUCAAACUGUAGCAGCAUCCUUGCCUCUAGGAAACUACAAAACACUCCGUGGAGAAAGAAGCUCCUCCAGACUUCCCCGAGACACAAUCAUAUUGAAGUUAAGCUAAUUAAUAACUCCACAAUAAUGUCUAAGUGUUCAGAUGAAAAGAAGAGUCAAUCUAUGAUGCAAACUUCAGUGUUGUCUUGUUUUAGGUAAUUGCCACAGCCACCCCAGCCUUCAGCAACCACUCAGCCAUCAACAUUGAGAUUUCUUAGAGAAAGGAUCCUGGGAGUCUCCCUAUCUGCUCAUUCUUUCCCUAGAGAAGCUGACAGAGAUCAGAAGGCAUGAUAACAACAAGUAUAUUGAGCUCCUUGCAAGUUGAAUUCUGGCAUGUCAUACUGAUUGAAGUAUUUAACUUCUUUCUUCAGGCUAUUCUCUUCUUAGUCCUAUAUAUUUUACUCAGCAGGAAAAUAGCCAACUACCAUGGCCAGGUGGUGAAAGCUACAAGAACCCAAGCCCCGGCCCCAGAGAAUCCAAAAGACAAAAAUGAUUCACCUCCUUCAAAAAAGACAGGGUCAAAGAUGCUUUCAGUUUCUGCCUUGACUUACAGAGAUGAUAUCAUUGAUGGUGAUUCCUCCGGAGAGAGCUUUGACAACUCAGAAAAUUAUUCUCCACCUUCCAGCAGCAAGAUGCCUGAGGAUGUGAAUUACAGCACCAUGGUCUUUCCAGCCACUGGUUACAAAAUGACUUUGUCUUCUAACUACUAUGAGAACAUCAAGGCAACUGAUGAUUAUGUCAAUGUGGACCCCAAGAAAAGUGAAUUUAAUACUUGGGAUUUCAAUCGCACCUUCUCCUCGGAGCCAGAGGAAUAUACAGAAGUGGCUGUGUGAAUUCUGACAAUCAAGUGGGGUUCCUUUCUCAACAAAUUCUUGAGUUUUAGUUAGAUGGGAUUUCUUUCAAUAAUAAGCACAAGGAAACAACUUAAAGCAAGAAGAAUUCAGGUUAGAGGCCAGGUAGAACUAUCAAAAUGCUAAGACAUGGAAUAUUUUAUUAAAGAAGGUGUUAGAAUUCAUUCUGUUCAAUCCAAGCAACAUUUAUUAAGUGCCUACUAGUAUAGAAAACCACAGUGGAUGCUGGGGUUCUUUAGUAAGCCUAAGUUCUACUAGGAGAUAUAAUGCAUGCAGAGAUAACUAUUCUAGACAAUAAUGCUGCUUGUCAAAAGUCAAGCUGAAAAGGAAAAAAAAAGGGAAGAAAGAGAAAAAUAAAAAUAAAGGGGAAAAAAGGGCCAUUAAAAUUUUUUUUCUUAAAUACAAAAAAGAGAACAGAAGGAAGGCUAAAAAAGAGCACAGAAAAGUGGGACAGGUUUGACAGCUACAGGUUGAAUGUACUGUAUGCUGAAAAAACAGAAAAUGAGCUCUUCUGUGUAGAGAUUCACAGUUGUGUGUGUCCAAUCUUCUUUUUCUAUUCUAAUAUACAUGUAUGCAUAUAUCCGCAUAUACAUACACACAUAUAAAAAGUAAUAAGUAGCUGGGCUAUUUUUGUUGGCAAAGUUCAAAAUAAAAAUAAAUAAUGCUUCUGAAGCUACAUAAGUGCUUUUAUCAUAUAUAUUUAAUAUAUAGUAUUAGGUGCUCCAAAUGACCUCAGUGGUCUAGUGGACGAGUAGUCCUAGUGGACCAGUCAUUUAACCUCUGUCUCUGGUGGUUUUUUCAUCUGUAAAAUAUGGGUGGUAAUAGCACCCACAUCCCAGGUUUCUGUGAGGAUCAAAUGAGAUAAUAUUUGUUAAGUGCUUUGUACUGCCACAUAACAGGGGCUCUAUACAUGGCAGCUGCUGUUAUUAUUUUUGUAAUUACCAAUAUACAAUAGAAUUUUUGGCAUAGAUGUGUGUUGUGCUUUGUCAGAGGCUUUUUUCACACAGCUCUGGAUAUUUUUGUUUUUAAUAUGAUUGUGUUCAUUGUUUUUCUGUGUUAAUGGUUGAACCAUCCUUGCAUUUGGAGAUUGCUCCAACUUGCUCAUGGUGCAUAAUUUUUGUGGGGGAGUAAAUUGCUGUAAGCUUUUUGUGACUUUGUAAUUUUUGCUUUAAUAUUCAUUAAUGAUUUUAAAAAGAGGCAAAGUUCCAAUGAACUUAUGAGGAAGAG